ACUUUUGAAAGCCGGGGACCCAACGACCAGCCCGUGAGUCCGGUGCCACUGAAGCUGUUGGGCGACGACUUCCAAGGGUGGAAUUCCUGGCUUGCUGGACGGUCUCGUCCUUCCACUUCUCUCCCCCAAAGCCUUUCUCUAAUAUUGUGUCACCCGGCUGCGCAGCUCGAGCAUAAAGUGAUUGUUAUGAUGGAAGAAGCCAGUAAUUUCAAGACACCAAACAAAAUUUUGGGAAAAAAGAAAUCUGAGUCCACAACCCUGCUCUGCCCAUUGUCACCAUUAAGUUUAACUCCAUGUAUAAAUAUUCCUGCCUCUCCAUUUAUGCAAAAACUUGGCUUUGGUACUGGUGUAAGUGUCUACCUUAUGAAAAGAUCUCCAAAAGGUUUGUCUCAUUCUCCUUGGGCUGUGAAAAAAAUUAAUUCUAAGUGUACUGGUGAUCACCAAAGUUUAUAUCAAAAGAGAUUAACUGAUGAAGCAAAGAUUUUGAAACACCUUCAUCAUCCAAACAUUGUAGGUUAUCGUGCCUUCACUGAAGCUAAUGAUGGUAGUUUAUGUCUUGCAAUGGAAUAUGGAGGUGAAAAGUCUCUAAAUGACUUAAUAGAAGAACGAUUUAAUGACAGCCAAACUCCUUUCCCAGCACCCAUAAUUUUGAAAGUUGCUCUGCACAUGGCAAGAGGGUUAAAGUAUCUGCACCAAGAGAAGAAACUGCUUCAUGGAGACAUAAAAUCUUCAAAUGUUGUAAUUAAAGGUGAUUUUGAAACUAUUAAGAUCUGUGAUGUGGGGGUCUCCCUACGAUUAGAUGAAAACAUGACUGUGACUGACCCUGAGGCCUAUUAUAUCGGCACCGAGCCUUGGAAACCCAAGGAAGCUUUGGAAGAGAAUGGAGUUAUUACUGAUAAGGCAGACAUAUUUGCCUUUGGUCUGACUCUGUGGGAAAUGAUGACUUUAUCUGUCCCACAUGUUAAUCUUCCAGACGAUGAUGGUGAUGAAGAUAAAACUUUUGAUGAAAGUGACUUUGAUGAUGAAGCAUACUAUGCAGCUCUGGGAACCAGGCCACCUAUCAAUAUGGAAGAACUGGGUGAUUCAUACCAGAAAGUUAUUGAACUCUUCUCUGUAUGCACAAAUGAAGAUCCUAAAGAUCGUCCUUCGGCUGCACACAUUGUUGAAGCUUUGGAAGUAGAUGUCCUGUGAUGACUUUAGUAUGCAUAACCUCAGUUUCAUGUAUCUGUUGACUGUAACAGACUUACUAUAAACUUAGUAUAGCUAUUAGAUUUUGGGGACAUAGCCUGUUUUUAAGACUUUAGCACUUUGUUAACAUUUUAACAGCUGUUUUUGAUAUAAAGAAAUUUCUUGUACGGUUAUUAGCAUAUGCAGUUGUAAGGAGUUUCCUGUAGUCUGUUAUUCUAGUAUUUCAUACAAAGACCACUAGCAAUAAAAAUGCUGUUAAACUCUUGAGAUUAAUUAGGACUAUUACUUGUAUUGAUGCCAUUUUCAAAUAUUCUUGAUUUUUAAUGAAUUUGGCACUUUGCAGUACAAAAUAAAUCAAAACUUAUUUAUCUGUCACUACUUCUUCUAGCGUUUGCCCUUCUUCCGUAGCCAGUCAACAGCGUCAGGUUGAGCCUGAUGUAAAGUUUCGAGACCUCCUUUGAAUCUGGAAUCUGUCACUAAAACCUUUUGGCAAUGUUUAGUAAAUUUGGUCUCUGGAAGAAGGUAUGGUUCAAAAGACUCCUCCAGGAUUUCUAAAUGCUUUUGGUUACAGCUUUUCUUGUUCCUCUUAGAUCUGUCAUUGGCUUUUGUUUAUUAAAGCAUUUUCUUUACUGUGUUUAUUUGAAAGUUUUUAAAUGUACUAGCCUGUAUCCUAUGCCUUUCAGAGUUUUGAUGUAAAAAUAGUGUGACAUAGGACAAUAAAGAGUAUUACUUUGUACUCA